AUGUUUUCCCGUUACAGUUUCAAUAAAAGCGGCCCUGUUGCACGCUGUGGCGCGGGUCGGCUAGUCUUGGCAUGGAUGAGCUCUUUGGAUGCUGAGGGCCACGCCGGCAUUGCAACGUGGAAGAUGUGGCCUGGCGAGGGUGCGUCGCACAGUCUUGUGAAGGCAGUGCGGGCAGGCGGGAAAUCCACUUGUGGGAGCUUCCUCGCGGCAAGGACCCGUGGUAUUUUUGGGAGUUGGGCAGAGGGCCGUUUGAGUGCAGGGCACCGAGGGAGGAAGCUGCGUUCCUGGUGCGGUAUUGGGGCUGGAGGCUGCUCCCCGGUAGGAGGUAGUGGAAAAAAGAAAAAGAAAAAAAGUUGGUGA